GAGCUAUGUGUACUGGCUUCAAGCUGUCUUCUAGUGAUUUCGCCUCGUCGCCUACCUUCCUGUCAGGUGAACGACGACAUCAAGUCGCAACUAGAAAAAAAUGUACUCAAGAACAGUCUUGUGUCUAUACUUAGUCUUCUUGACAACUCGUCUCGUACACAUGGACAAAGAAGGAGUCGAUGAGAGCAAGGUUCCUAACAAGCAAGGUUCCAACGUGAUAGUGGAUCUUGAAGAGGAAGCAACGAACUUUAUACAGAAAUUGAACGAGACGGCCGGAAAUAUUAUAAGUUGGGGCCUUACGAGCAAAUACGGCUACUGGAGCAGCAAUGAAACCAAAAAGUACACAGUUAAAGCACUAGUGAAUGGAAUGAAAUGUGAAAACGGUGUCAAUGACCGAGUGCCUCCUAAUAUUGCGAGAAAGUUGUUUGUAUGGAAUAUCACUCAUGGCAUAAGUAGCCCUCUUAGGCUUACCACAAUGGUUACUGUUCCAAUGAUACGAGAGAAAGGUGUUCCCGGAACCAAGAUCACAAUCGACGUGAACAAGAAAACUAAAGUAAUACUAUCCAAAAAAGUGUCCCUGAAGAAAGCUUCGAAUGAAGUAGUCGAAAGAUGGUCGCAGUCCUGCCCUUUCAUCGCAAGUGUGUCAUUCGAUGGAUGGUUUGCCUACGAGACCACGGACGUCCGAAACGGCCCGGAAAAUGGCACUAAAUAUAAGACCGUUGGUGUAGGAAGCCUACGCAACCCGUCGAAAGGACUCAUCAAUGCUAGUGACCACAUUUUGACAUAUACAUUGAGGGGUAUUUUCUGGCAGCAAUUCUGGUGGCGCCGCGAACAAGCAACUUAUAAGCACUAUUUGAUUGGCUAG